AUGUGUCACGUUAUUGUAACGUGCCGCUCCAUGAUGUGGACUCUGUUCAGCAUUGUGGUGGCCUUUGUGGAGCUCAUCGCCUUCAUGAGUCCUGAUUGGCUGCUGGGUUUUCCUCGGUCGGACCCCAGUGGGAGCAGCGUGGAAGUGAACCUGCUGGAGUACCGACCGUCUCUUGGCCUCUACAGCCGCUGUCUCCGUAUCGACUCCCGAGGUGUGGGGGUCAGCUGCGGACCUUAUGCUGGGACUUUCGGAGAAGUGGCCAGCGGCUUCUGGCAGGCUGCCAUGUUGUUUCUGGCAGCCGGGAUAUUAGUGCUCGGGUGUGUGGCCUGCAUCUCCAUCUUCAGUCUGUGUUUCCAGAGCAUCAAAAAGAAGAGCAUAUUCAACAUCUGUGGGCUGCUUCAAGCGAUUGCAGGGCUGUUGUUAAUGGUGGGCCUGAUGCUGUACCCCGCAGGCUGGGGCUCGGACAAGGUGAUCAGCUACUGUGGCCCUGAGGCCUCGCCCUUCAGGCCCGCUCAGUGCUCCCUCGGCUGGGCGUUCUACGCAGCUAUAGGAGGUACGCUGGCAACCUUCCUGUGUUCUGUCUUGUCUGCACAAGCUGAGAUUGCCACAUCCAGCGAUAAGGUUCAGGAGGAAAUCGAGGAGGGGAAAAAUCUUAUCUGCCUGUUCUGA